CCAUCCGCUUCUUCCCCCUUCGGAUCGAGAAAAAAGCGAAAGGACCUCUUGACCCCCCAACCACACCGAGGCCGCCGCGGAGGAGGAGGAAGAGGAGGAGAUCGAGGAUGUUUUUCAGCCGCUUCGAUCCGUGGCCGGUGUUCUUCCGGAGGGAGUGGAAGCGCUGCUGGCCCUUCCUCACCGGCUUCGCCGUCACCGGCGCCAUCAUCACCAAGAUGACCGCCGGCUUCACCGAGGAGGACCUCAAGAACUCCAAGUUCGUCCAGGCGCACAAGAAGCACUGAUCUGAUCCGUGCCUCCAUGGUGAAGGAACAGCUGGUAUUGCCUAAGUCUUCAGUUUGGCCUAUUUUUCUGUUCCAAAUGAACCUACCUGUUUUUUGUUUAUCCAUUUGGGUGGACAACCGCUCCAGUUGUAUCUAAUAAGAGGCGUUUGAAUCUUUGGACCAAAAAAUUUGAGCUUCUGGUAUAAACCUGUAAUACUCUUCAAGUGCCAUCCUGCUUCCUGAUUUAUUUUUUGUAAAA